CCACAAUCCUAUGAACACAACAAACACCACAAAUCUUUUUUCUCACUUUCAUCAGAACCAAAACUCAUAACACAACAACGUUUUUGAGACAUCUAACAAUGAUGAUGAUGAAGAAGAUGUUUAUUCAGAUCGCUGUGGUUUGUCUACUGGCGACGAUGGCCGUAGUCUCCGCCCACGAUGGUCACCACCAUGCUCCGGCUCCAGCACCAGGACCUACAUCCAGCUCAACCGUUGUUUCCGCCACUAAUAUGUUCACCGUCUUGGCUGUUGCUGCCGUGGCUCUCUUCGUUGGUUCCAACCACUAAGUUUGUGGUUCAUUACUUUCGUUGUUUUGGUUCAAUUUCUUUUUUUUUUUCUUUUUUGAUUAAAACUUCUCAUUUGUUAUAAUGUUUAUUUGAUGAUUUCAUGAAUAAAUAACUCUUUUGAACGUGUUUUUUA